ACUUGGUCAGGGGCCUGCAUGGGCACAGCCCCCACACCCGGCCACCCAGCUGUUGGCCAAUGGGCUGCUGGGAAAGAUCGGAUGUCACUAUAACACGAGGGCCUGAGGCUGGGGGCAGUGCCGCCCUGUCCUGUCCACAGGGAGCUCCAGCCCUCCUCAGCCCCAGCCCGCAGAGACAGCCCAGCCACCACCAUGUCUGACGAGGAAGCCGAGCAGGUGGAGGAGCAGUACGAAGAGGAAGAGGAGGCCCAGGAGGAAGAGGAAGUCCAAGAAGACGCCAUAGAGGAGGGCCUGGAAGAAGAGAAGCCGAGACCCAAACUCACUGCUCCUAAGAUCCCGGAAGGAGAGAAAGUAGACUUCGAUGACAUCCAGAAGAAGCGUCAGAAUAAGGACCUCAUGGAGCUGCAGGCCCUCAUCGACAGCCACUUUGAAGCCCGAAAGAAGGAGGAGGAGGAACUGAUUGCUCUCAAGGAGAGGAUUGAGAAACGUCGGGCAGAGAGGGCUGAGCAGCAGAGGAUCCGUGCUGAGAAGGAGAGGGAGCGUCAAAACAGACUGGCGGAGGAAAAGGCCAGGAGGGAGGAAGAGGAUGCCAAGAGGAGAGCUGAGGACGACCUGAAGAAGAAGAAGGCUCUGUCUUCCAUGGGCGCCAACUACAGCAGCUACCUGGCCAAGGCUGACCAGAAGAGAGGCAAGAAGCAGACAGCCCGAGAGAUGAAGAAGAAGAUUCUUGCUGAGAGACGCAAGCCGCUCAACAUUGACCACCUCAGCGACGACAAACUGAGGGACAAAGCCAAGGAGCUCUGGGACACCCUAUACCAACUUGAGACGGACAAGUUUGAAUUUGGGGAGAAGCUGAAACGCCAGAGAUAUGAUAUCACCAACCUCAGAAGCCGCAUCGACCAGGCCCAAAAGCACAGCAAGAAGGCUGGAACACCCGCCAAAGGCAAAGUCGGUGGGCGCUGGAAGUAGAGGGGCAGAGGGCCCCCCCCAGGCAGAGACCCUCCACCCCCACUCUCCCUCAGGCCCACUCG